AUAGGACCAGCUCGGAAUUGAAAUAAAACAAAACUCUUGUCAGGGAGCGGCUGUGGGCCGGAGCUCUCGUCCUCGCUCUCCCAUCGGAAGAGCUUUUCAAAAGGUUCUGCACUUUGGAUUUCUGAAGUCAUGGAAAGAUCCAGAGAAGUACGGCUGCAAGUGGUGAAAAAUGGCGCCUUUGGAGAAGAUGAGUCUCUGAGAUGUCCGGUCCCUUUGGCCAGAACUGGAUCUCGAAAUACAAGCCCAUCUCGGCAGAAGGUGAUCAAGACCAAGCCCAGGGGUUUUGAUGAGGAGACUGUUGCAACAUUUGGUAAAGUCAUUCAUGCUGAUAUCCAAAUGGAAGAUAGGAUUUGGGCACUAUUGCCCGAGGACUUGCUAAUUGAGGUUCUUGCUAGGGUGCCUCCUUUCUUGAUCUUUAGGCUGAGGUCAGUUUGCAGGCGAUGGAAUUCGAUUCUUCAAGACAGUAGCUUUCUCGCAUGUCACUCACAAGUUCCUUCACAUGGACCUUGCCUUCUCACAUUCUGGAAGAACUCGCAUACUUAUCAGUGUUCUGCAUUCAGCCUACCAUUGAAGCAAUGGUAUAAGAUCCCGUUUGGUUUUUUACCAGAUUGGGCAUUCUGGUUAGUUGGUUCUUCAGGUGGUCUUGUUUGCUUUUGUGGAUUGGAUGGGCUUAGUUUUAAAACCCUUGUUUGCAAUCCCCUAACUCAGACUUGGAGGACAUUGCCAUCAAUGCACUAUAAUCAGCAAAGGCAGUUGAUCCUGGUUGUUGAUAGGGCAGGGCGUUCAUUCAAGGUAAUUGCAGCAAGUGAUAUUUAUGGAGACAAAACACUGCCUACGGAAGUUUAUGAUUCAAAGCUUGACAGUUGGUUUGUUCAUCAGAUAAUGCCAGCUGUUAAUCUAUGCUCAUCAAAGAUGGCAUUUUGUGACUCAAGACUGUAUCUUGAGACUCUUUCACCACUUGGCUUGAUGAUGUAUCGAGUAGAUACAGGGCAUUGGGAACAUAUUCCAGCCAAGUUUCCACGGUCAUUGUUGGAUGGCUAUUUGGUUGCCGGUGCUCAAAAGCGCUUGUUUUUGGUUGGAAGGAUUGGACUUUACAGCACUCUCCAGAGCAUGCGAAUCUGGGAGCUGGAUCAUGCUAAGACGGUGUGGGUGGAAAUAAGUAGGAUGCCACCAAAGUAUUUCAGAGCGCUGUUAAGGUUAUCGGCUGAAAGAUUCGAGUGUUUUGGCCAGGAUAACGUUAUAUGUUUUACAUCAUGGAACCAAGGGAAAGGUCUUCUCUAUGAUGCUGAUAAGAAAACAUGGUCAUGGAUUGCAGGCUGUGCAAUCCAGUUGUGCAACAGUCAGGUUUGCUUUUAUGAGCCAAGAUUUGAUACGUCCAUCUAUUGAGUGCAGAGCUCGGGCAUCAUUUGGGUGGAGGAAGGUUGUCAAAAGGUGGUAUUUGGAUAGAAUGGCAUUCUUCCUGCUUACAUCAUAAUUAUGGACAAUUUGAUCAUUUACUGAUGAACUAAUAAAGUUUCCUUCUUGUGAAGAGGAAAUAUCUUUUUGUCUACAUAACUGAAGAAUGUGUAGAAAAGUAAGUAGUCCUACAGGCUUGACAUGAUCAUAUCCAAAUGUCAAGGUAUACAGAAAGUAAGUCAACCUAACAGGAUAUGGCUGUUGCUGUGGUGGGAGUGUUCUGACCACAUGGAGCUCUACUAAUUCUGCUUAAGAUUGGUCUGGAAAUGGGUUGUAAACCAAAUGCAUCUCUGUCGCAAAAGAAACCAUUUUAGCUGCAUUUCCUUUGAAAACUUGCUCAAUUUAAUUUUACCAGUCUGUCUGGCAAGGAAAUAUUCUUUUACUGUUUUUAUAAUUAUCUGGUUCGACAAACUUGGGUUACCAAGAUCAGUGACUCAACAGAUACAUGCAGUCUGAUGAUGAAGGCUGUGGUACUACAGAUAUUCUGAAGCAAUCAACACAUUCAUCAAUUCACAUUUGUAAGUUUCCAUCCAAAGAGAACAUAUUACAAUUCCACUUUUUUUUUCUUUUAGUUGCGUGACCUUAUAUAAUUUUCUGUCUGGUGAGGUUACAGAUAUGAAGUUCGUACUAUUUGCUUGCCUUUAUGCUUCUUUUAUUGCAUAAAACAUCUGGAGAUACUUUGCCUACCCGAAAUAGGUAGAUCAAGAUUUCAGGAUAUGGUAAGGGCCCUGUAUUAGUUAACUAAUUUUAAUCUAAAUGGCUGAGUGAUCCAAUCAGAUAUUGCUUGUUAACUUCUUUUUUUCAUUUUAUUUGAUGUUCAUGUUCUUUGGUUUAGAGGUUGUGUGGUUUGGUGUAAGCAGUGGACCAACAAUAACAUGUUUUGUGAUAGGCAAUUUCGGCUACAGUAAUUCAUAAAAAGAAGUCUAAGUUGAAUUCAUUAUCAUGUUCUCUAAAGAUUUGAAGGACCAAUUUGUUCUUGUGCUUCAAUCUUGAUUAUCAAUGGUCAUUAGAGAUAUUUAAGUGGAUAUUUCAAUUGUUAUGGUGCUAUUUGUAUGCAUCAUUGGAUCUCCAUGCAAAAUAUCCUCCUUUCAUUUGCUUCUGAAGGUAGAAACAAAAUUUCCGUUGCCAUCCUUCAGCUUAUAUGGCACCAUAAGAGUGAGUUUUAAUACUUUUAUGCAUGAACUAAGGAGGGAUUUCGAAUGUGCUUAACAAAACCUGAUAGGGCACUCUAUUAAAUCACUUGCCCUUUGAGGUAGAAUGUUGUAGGGAAAUGUAAUUGAAUUUUUAAGGAGGGAUUUUGAGUAUGCUUAACAGCAUGAUCGGUCACUCUAUUAAAUCACCUUCCUCUUGAGGUAGAAUGUUGUUGGAAAAGGUAACUGAAUUUUUAUAAAUUAUAUUAACUUUCAAGAAUGUGAAAAGUCUCCCUUUGGCUACCAGAAGUUCCAGUUUUAUAUUUGUGCUAGAGGCUUGUUAGUGAUAAAUAAGCCAAUCCAAAGGGCAAAAAUUCAAAUGAAUUAUGAACAAAAGGAUCUUCCAGAAGGUUUAAUAUGUGAAUAGCAUCACCAAGUUGGAUCUUAUGAUCAAAGGAAUUGUAUGGUCAUAAAAUGGAUUUAGAUCAUAUGAUUCUAUUCCGUCUGUAUCCAGGGAUGAGAUUCAAAUUGUGCAGAGGGCCAUCUUGACCCAAACCAUAAGAUCCUGACAACAAUGCUUGGAUGAUCUCUCAUGUAUUUGUCUGCCCACAAUCAGUACUUUGCCUGUAUUUGCUCGGAAUGCAGGGCACUUAAGCUUGUUUUGGUGUGUAUGAGACUUUGAAAAUGUAUCCAUAAAUUGUCUAAAUUCCUUUAUUAGUAAGAUUUCUCCAGUACAAGUUAUAUUUCCAAGAAUCAAGUGUCUUCCGUAAAUGCUGCUUAUGAAAAUAAUCCAUAAGGAUGAAUGCUGUAUAUAAUUUUUCUGUUUUCAUUCUCUUAAUACUUGUCUAGGUAGCUGAACCGUGAUACAUUUGCAUGAUGACAAAACAAACAAUAUUUCACUCCUACAUUGCUCCUGGGUUGGUAGGCAAAGAGAAGAAUCAUACUCAUCCUCAAUUAUAUUACCUGUUUGGUCUUUAAACAUAUUAUCAUGGAUCUUGAAAAAAUUUUAUAUUCUAUCAUACCUUAAUACUGGUCUGCAUAGGUGAACUGUUAUGCUGAUGACAAAACAAACGAUACUGCUGAGUUGCUGCUGCAUUGCUUUUGGAUUGGUAGGCAAAAAGAAGAAUCAUACUCAUCCUCCCUCGUACUCUCCUGUUUGGUCUACAAACAUAUUAUCAUGGAUCUUGAAAACUUUUAUUAGUUCAUCUAACUUUAUUUGCAGGGGAUCUAUAUCUGGACCUGCCCAUUUUCGCUGAUUGAUUAGCAGUUGGAUUUUCCAAGGUGCUAUGACAUUUUUCGUUUUUGACUAUGAUGAUUUUGGCCACUCUGGCAUAGCAAAAGCAUGUUAGAGGAUUCAUUGGUCUCUGGAUGGUUCAAGUGGAGAUAUUUCUAGAAAUAAUAUAAACUCAAACAAGAAAGAAUUUAGCAACCAGAGCUAACUUGCUUCUGUUGUCUCAGUUGGAUUCAUGGUUCUGGCAGGAUUUAGUCCAACACCUUGUGCUGAAAUUGUUUCAGAUAAUGUUGGAGAUCUUCUGGUACAUGAAGGAAAAUUGAAGCACUUCGCAAUUCAACUCUAAGUUGCUGCUUUGAUCAAAGGAAAAUUGGAGGCAGCUUACUGUAACACUGACCUGAAUCUUUAUAUUGCAUCAAGUAACAUGAAACCCAAUUUAUCCCAUUAGUUGCACGUAGGUGUGACUUGGAAAAUAGUGUCCUUGGUUUACUAUUCUGCAUGUUUAAUCUUGCAAAUGGUAUUCCGAUGUUGUGUUUUACACAUAAAUGCGGCGCUAAUUGAGAGACUAAGGGAGUCGGUUCUUGGUGCGCUCUGAGACUUAAGGGUUCGCAUAAUUCAGCCUUCAAGGGAAAGUUUGAAGAAUGUGAAAUUCAGUGGUUUGCCUUAAACUGCGUUGUUUCUCGAACUUUCAAAGUCAUAUUAGAUUUAGUUCGAAUCACAGAAUUGAUAUAAAAGAAAAAAAUAUAAAAUUGUAUCGGCUUGUUA